AUGACCACAAUCAUCCAAAGCAUAUCUGCCUCUCAGCGGGUAUUCAAUACAGCUGAGCUCUUCGAGCUCAUCCUCGUGAAGGUAGACAUGAAGACGCUGCUUCUCGCACAGCGUGUCGACUUGCACUGGCAGGGGACCAUCUCCGAGUCCUCCCGCCUACAAAAGAGGCUUUUCUUCACUGCCGCCAAUCCCGAGGACCUCUAUCUACUUGAACUCGUCGAUCCGGAUCCUGAGGGCUACACACUAUUAGUGCGACAGAGCGCAUUCGAAGAUGCAACUCGCGACAAAUUAGGCAUCGUAGGCAUUGCGCUGGCGAAUUAUGCGCAGUCCAAUUCAUUCUUUGCGCGGGUCAACCCUGAAGCUACCCAAGGAUUCCAGCGCCCCAACUUCCGCCUGCCGGCGAUCGAUUCGAAUCAGACGAGUGUUCGACCCUCGUGGAUGCGCAUGUUUGUCACUCAACCGCCGAACGUGCUCUGCCGGUAUCCCCAGCACAUUGGACAAUUGGCCGCCGCGCAGGACACCUUCAUCGCAUAUGGGACCGUACAUGUUCCUAGCAAGACGGUUACCAUGUGCGGCUAUGCUAUGCGCGGGAAGUACUAUUGGGAUGCCGUGAAGCAGAGCAUCGAAGCUUCAACUCUGAGUUUGGAGGCUUGA